GUAAAGCGCGUAGUUCCGAUUCCCUCGCCAUGACGAGAGGAACAGUCGUAGAAAUAACAUGGAGAGCUAAACCUUGUUAAAUCUAUAAUACUAGUAUAUGUAGAUGAUUUCUUCAGCUAAAAGGGGAAAAAGAGAAUUUUGUGAAAAUUGACGCAAGUGAAAAACAGUGCAAUCAUGGGUUAUUCGAUAAUGGACCCAAACACCAAUGAAUCUGUCUUUACAUUCUUUUCGGAGUUCAAUCAAACAUGGCCGGGUCAGUCGGGAAUAGAAGUGACAAUCCUCAUCAUCAUUCUCAUCAUGGCAAUAGCAGGGAACACAAUGGUUGUGAUGGCGGUCUUUAGAAACAAGAAGAUGAGAAGGCCAACCAAUUACUUCAUUGUGAAUCUCGCCGUGGCCGAUUUGCUGUUCGCAGCUUGGAUCCCAUUCAUUUUCAUAACUCGCAUAACUCAACAUUGGGUGUUUGGUCACGCAAUCUGUAAACUUGUGACGUACGUCCAGUUCGUGAGUGGAACCAGCUCCAUACUAACUAUGAUGAUGAUCAGCAUAGAGCGCCAUAACUAUGUCUGUGCUCGCCCCGACAAGAGAAUCACGCUAAAUAUUUCCGUAUUCCUUAUCCUUGUCAUCUGGAUCUUCUCUCUGGCUUUUCCAAUACCCGUGGCCAUCGCUCAGACGGAGACUUCUCUCGCGUUCAGCAACAUUACAUUUACAUUUUGUGGUUUGUCGUGGCCCGAGUCUUUUCACGUAAAUGUUUAUCUAGGUAGCAUGGUGUGUUUAUUUUUCGUUUUACCGCUAAUCAUCAUAUCGUACAACUACGUCAAAAUUUUCAGAGUCAUGAGAUCAUCGUCCACCCGUACCAAGAGUGUUCGCGCGGAUAAACGCGCCGAAAAACAAGAGCGACUCACCAAAAUGUUCGUAGCUAUUGUGUGCAUAUUCGUUUUAAUGUGGUUACCGUUUUUUAUCGUUAGUUUUUUGGCAGUGUACCUCAAACAAAUAACCUCGACCCAAUUCACGGUCACCAUCAUCCUAGCUUCAGCGAAUACCAGCCAGAAUCCGGUUAUAUACGGGUUCUUUAACACAAAAUUUCAGCGGGAAUUUCGAAGUAUGUGCAACUGUUGUCUGAAACAUUACGACUCCUCCACGACUUACAAAAUAGACAGAGAUGAUGGCACACUCAAUGGAACAUUCACAAGUUCCAAGUAAUCCUCAUUCAUGUUGUUAUAGCUCAUUGUCUAAGCCUUUGCAAUGUAUACAAGUUUAAUGAUAUAUUUAACCCUAUUUAAUUCUGGCGCGAGUUCAAUAAGCAUGUGCAUCAAAAGUUUGGACAAGCAACAAUUACAUGUAAAUGAUUGGAGAUAUUCGGGAACCAAUGUAAUGAAUACUACAUGUAGUAUAUCAAAACACCUGUGGAUGAGAUGGAAUGUGUACUACUUACGUAAUACUGUAUCAACAUUGCCAACCUUAAUGUAAUGUAAAUGUAAAGAAUUUGAACAAAUAAAGCAGUUUAUGAUUUAUUACAAUUGCACUUAUGAAAGAGAAAAAUGAAGCGUUUAUAUUCACGACAUUGAUUUAUACAUUAACAUCAUACACAUGUAGAAAGAUUUCAGCAGUUAACAUAUAUAUAUAUACAUACAAAUUAAAAAAUAGAUGUACAUUCAUCAUGUAUUUAUAAAGCUUAUUUACUUGUUUAGACUUGUACCUAAUUUUACAAGUCUGUGUAUACACUGCUACAAAUGAAUGCAGGAUCAUGUACUUCAAAUCACAUGCAGAUUUCUUGUAUAAAUAAAAUUAUGACUAAAAAGAAAAAAUACUCUCCAUAAAAUAGUUUUGUAAAAAAGACAUAUUUUAUAAAAAAAAAUAUUGUACAUGUAUAAUCAUUUCAA